CAGCGUCAGAGGACGAGCGGUAGGUCUCCGCAGAAUAUCUUUGAAAUAUGGGAACAUUUCUUUCUGUCAACAGGUUCCACACAGACAGGGUUCAUGAGGUCCAGUAUCUCUUUGACCUUUCACCUUCUUGUCCCCCUGCAGGGGUCACAUUCCGGCUGUGUCUUGGAGUUGUGGACUGCAGUCAAGAGAACCUAAAAUACCUCACUAAGCUCCUUAUGACGCUCUGCAGAGAGCAGCCGCCGGCCUCCUCCCUCCUCUUUCCUCCAGCACUCCUCUGAAGGGAGCGCCCCCCCGACCUCUGACCUCCCCGGGUCCUGUGGACUGGAUGUGAGGGCGAUGAGGUGACCGCAGACCGUGUGACCCGCCGGCUGAUGGUCGAACAGACGAGGGGCCGGUGAGACCUGAUUGGAACGGACCGUCUGGGAGGCUUUCGCUCUUCGAACCCCGCAGAUGUUCUGGUGCUUUUUACAAACUCAUGGAAUAUAAGAACCAGAUCCGUCACUGAGCUUUGGACAAAUUAACAUUUGCAUUCGCUGGAAACGUGCAGCCAUAAAAGAGUCUCGGCUGUGACUCAGCGUAGGCCAGCUAGCUUCGGUGCUACCCGAGCUGGGCCAGACGAGGCCCGAGCUGGGCCAGGCGAGGCGGGGCAUUAAGGGGAACGCCAACCUCUAAUUAAGGGACCACUUUUCAACAUUCACACACAAACAGCUGAAAAUAAAUUUACCUCUGAGAUCACGUCACGUAGAAAAUAACUAUUUAGACAAGAGAGGUUUCUAAUGCAGCACCUCGUGGUUCUGGACCCUCAGGCGUGUUUUGACCAUGUUCUCGGCUGCCUGGACGUGAGUCGCGUAAAACUGCAGGACUGACAUGGCGGUGGGGAAGGUGACCUUCACCAAGGCGGAGAGGGAGAAGCUAGCCGAAGUCCUCUGGCUGCUCAACUGGAUCUCUGUGGUGACGGGAGCGAUCCUCUUCGGCCUGGGCUUAUUCCUCAAAGUAGAGAUUCAGAAAUGGCAGGAAGUGAUGUCAGACCAGGGGAUCCUCUACGUGCCACACACGCUGAUCAUCACGGGCCUGGCGGCCUGCUGCAUCAAUUUCCUGGGUGGGAAGAUCUGCCUAGACUGCGCCGACACCAACAAGUUCCUACGCUGGAAGCUGGUGAUGAUGCCGUACGUCGUCUGCACCUUCUUCUUCACCUCCUGCAUCCUGGUGGGGGCGCUCAUGUGCUACAGCAUCCACAGCCAGCUGGAGGAGUCACUGCUGCUGGGCCUGAGGAACGCCAUGCGGUACUACAAGGACACGGACACGCCGGGCCGCUGCUACCUGAAGAGAACUCUGGACUUGCUGCAGAUCCAGUUCCAGUGCUGUGGGAACACUGGGUACCGGGACUGGUUUCAGGUCCAGUGGAUCAGCAACCGCUAUCUGGACAUGACCAGCAGCACCGUGGUGGACCGUCUGAGGAGCAACGUGGAGGGGAAGUACCUGAUGGACGGCGUUCCCUUCAGCUGCUGCAGCACCUUCUCCCCUCGGCCCUGCAUCCAGCAGCAGGUCAGCAACAGCUCGGCACAUUUCAACUAUAACCAGCAGAGCCAGCAGCUGAACCUGUGGAGGAGAGGCUGCCGGCAGGCCCUGAUGGACCACUACACCGGCAUCAUGCAGUCCAUCGGCCUCACCGUGCUCCUCAUCUGGCUGUUUGAGCUGCUGGUUUUGACAGGAGUCCGGUACCUGCAGACGGCCAUGGAGAACGUUCUCCGGCUGGGUGAUCCUGACUCAGAGUCGGACGGUUGGAUUCUGGAGAACAGCCUGGCAGAAACAGCCCGGUCCAACUUUAACAUCAUCAAGAACCUGGGAAAGUGUUACCAGGUCGACGACGACCCAAACAUCAAUGUCCCGGUCGCCCCAGCUGAGCAGGAGGUGCCAUCCAAGCAGGUCCACAUCCCUGUGACCGGUUAGCAUUCGACCUGAGGAGGCAUGGACCUCUGAAAGACCAGGACGAGCUGGAACAAACUGACCGGCUUCAAAACCUCCAAGGUCUCAAGAGAUGCUCUGUAGCCGUAAAUGACUUCCGGGACCUCCGGGAGACUGUCAAUAAGUUCUGAAUCUGAGGAGCCAAAGAAAAGUGCCAUCGAUGCCGUCCAGAUCUGAAGUUUGGAAAACUGUUGCUGUGUCCUCAGAGCUCUGCAGGUCUGAUGCCUUCAGAUGGAACUGGUUUUGUAAACAUCAGCAUACGAGGCAACAUUUGAAUGACUCCUUAAACCUGUAAUGAAGCCUGCACACAGAUGUUUUGUGACAAGAUGAGUCUGUCCUUGAGAGUGACAGGGACACUUUUGUAUGUCAUGAAACCAGAUUUGUACCUUUUGGUGUCUAAUUGUUCUUUAAAAAGGCAAAGGGUGCUAAAUAAUCAAAUCAGGGUUUGAACAGUGUCAGUGAGACGAACUCUGGAUGGAUACAUUUAGCUUUCUCCAUUUCUUAGAUUGAUGCUCGAAAACAUCAGAAAACAGUCAGACUGCCUGAAUAAAACAACCUGGAAGCUUCAACAGGAAAACCAAGAUCAAAUGUUUGACCAGACAAGACAUUCUAGAAUAAACAAGCUGGCGAUGCUUCAGACUGAGCUGUGAUUGGCUCGUCACAUUGCUGUAAACACAACACUGGACACAAUAAAGCUCCACCACAGUACCUCCCCUGAGGCUGUACAGUUCAUUAGUGUUAAACGAACAAAAGAAACAAGGUUUCAGGUUUAUGAUCUACGAGAACAAGUCGUGUUGAUGCCUCAAUAAAAAGGUUUGAGUCUGUCAGUCAGGCUCAGCCGUGGAUCAGACAGCGGUACAUCCUGGAUGUUGUGAACUUAUAAACAGUAUCUGUAAUGAUGGAUCAAGUCUCCCAGCGUCACCAUGAGCUUUCUGGUUUCACUGCAGGCCGAAGAUCAGUCAGUCAAAGAAAUGCUGUUUAGCUGUUUUCGUCCUGUGGAGCACACAGCAAGGUUAUUUUAAAUUUCUGCUGACAAUCAGCCAGGAGACAGUUUGUCGUCUCAGCUGUUUCUGACAACACUGGCAAACGGAGGUCAGAAGUCGGAGUGGAAUUGACCAACUGAUCUCUUCUGCCGCACUUCUACACCGCUCACGAAAGUGUGGACUGUAUCUCUGGUGAUGAAUGUGAUUUCUGAUGACUGGUGGGAUAAAGUUGGACCAUGUCUGAUCCAGUCUGGGCCAGUUGGUGUUGACAGUGAGCAAAUUAAAUCAUUCAGUCUGUGACAUGUAAAGAGUGUAAUAGGAGGUCUUCAGAUCCAGUCGCCGCAAGUAAUGUUGGCAACCAAUGACAUUAACGAGCAGUGGACCAGUGGUUACUGAGCAGUGGACCAGUAGUUACUGAACAGUGGUCCAGUGGUUAAUAAGAAGUGGACCAGUAGUUACUGAGCAGUGGUCCAGUGGCUAAUGAGCAGUAGUCCAGUGGUUAAUAAGAUGUGGACCAGUAGUUACUGAGCAGUGGUCCAUUGGUUACUGAGCAGUGGUCCCGUUGUUAAUGAGCAGUGGUCCAGUGGUUAAUAAGAAGUGGACCAGUGGUUACUGAGCAGUGGUCCAGUGGUUAAUGAGCAGUGGUCCAGUGGUUACUGAGCAGUGGACCAUUGGUUACUGAGCAGUGGUCCAGUUGUUAAUGAGCAGUAGUCCAGUGGUUAAUAAGAUGUGGACCAGUAGUUACUGAGCAGUGGUCCAUUGGUUACUGAGCAGUGGUCCAGUUGUUAAUGAGCAGUGGUCCAGUGGUUAAUAAGAAGUGGACCAGUAGUUACUGAGCAGUGGUCCAUUGGUUACUGAGCAGUGGUCCCGUUGUUAAUGAGCAGUGGUCCAGUGGUUAAUAAGAAGUGGACCAGUGGUUACUGAGCAGUGGACCAGUGGUUAAUAAGAAGUGGACCAGUAGUUACUGAGCAGUGGUCCAUUGGUUACUGAGCAGUGGUCCAGUUGUUAAUGAGCAGUGGUCCAGUGGUUAAUAAGAAGUGGACCAGUGGUUACUGAGCAGUGGUCCAGUUGUUAAUGAGCAGUGGUCCAGUGGUUAAUGAGCAGUGGUCCAGUGGUUAAUAAGAAGUGGACCAGUGGUUACUGAGCAGUGGUCCAGUGGUUAAUGAGCAGUGGUCCAGUGGUUACUGAGCAGUGGACCAUUGGUUACUGAGCAGUGGUCCAGUUGUUAAUGAGCAGUAGUCCAGUGGUUAAUAAGAUGUGGACCAGUAGUUACUGAGCAGUGGUCCAUUGGUUACUGAGCAGUGGUCCAGUUGUUAAUGAGCAGUGGUCCAGUGGUUAAUAAGAAGUGGACCAGUGGUUACUGAGCAGUGGACCAGUGGUUAAUAAGAAGUGGACCAGUAGUUACUGAGCAGUGGUCCAGUGGCUAAUGAGCAGUAGUCCAGUGGUUAAUAAGAAGUGGACCAGUAGUUACUGAGCAGUGGUCCAUUGGUUACUGAGCAGUGGUCCAGUUGUUAAUGAGCAGUGGUCCAGUGGUUAAUAAGAAGUGGUCCAUUGGUUACUGAGCAGUGGUCCAGUUGUUAAUGAGCAGUGGUCCAGUGGUUAAUAAGAAGUGGACCAGUGGUUACUGAGCAGUGGUCCAGUUGUUAAUGAGCAGUGGUCCAGUGGUUAAUGAGCAGUGGUCCAGUUGUUAAUGAGCAGUGGUCCAGUUGUUAAUGAGCAGUGGUCCAGUGGUUAAUAAGAAGUGGACCAGUGGUUACUGAGCAGUGGUCCAGUUGUUAAUGAGCAGUGGUCCAGUGGUUAAUAAGAAGUGGUCCAUUGGUUACUGAGCAGUGGUCCAGUUGUUAAUGAGCAGUGGUCCAGUGGUUAAUAAGAAGUGGACCAGUGGUUACUGAGCAGUGGUCCAGUUGUUAAUGAGCAGUGGUCCAGUGGUUAAUAAGAAGUGGUCCAUUGGUUACUGAGCAGUGGUCCAUUGGUUACUGAGCAGUGGUCCAGUGGUUAAUGAGCAGUGGUCCAGUUGUUAAUGAGCAGUGGUCCAGUGGUUAAUAAGAAGUGGACCAGUGGUUACUGAGCAGUGGUCCAGUAGUUACUGAACCGUGGACCAGUGGUUAAUAAGAAGUGGACCAGUGGUUACUGAGCAGUGGUCCAGUGGUUAAUAAGAAGUGGACCAGUGGUUACUGAGCAGUGGUCCAGUAGUUACUGAACAGUGGACCAGUGGUUAAUAAGAAGUGGACCAGUGGUUAAUAAGAAGUGGUCCAGUGUGUAAUAAGAUGUGGACCAGUGGUUACUGAGCAGUGGUCCAGUGGUUAAUAAGAAGUGGUCCAGUGUGUAAUAAGAUGUGGACCAGUGGUUACUGAGCAGUGGUCCAGUGGUUACUGAGCAGUGGUCCAGUGGUUAAUAAGAAGUGGACCAGUGGUUACUGAGCAGUGGUCCAGUGGUUACUGAGCAGUGGUCCAGUGGUUAAUAAAAAGUGGACCAGUGGUUACUGAGCAGUGGUUCUGUAUAGGUUCCGUUGGAUUUACUUGGGUCGUUGGGUUUUUGCUCCUUCAUGACUGUCAAACACUAAAAUAUCUUUGUCGGUUUGUCGCUGCCAGCACUCUGCAAAAUGAUUUAAGUUAAAGAUGUGGUUAACCUAGCUUAGCACAAUGAUAGCCUAGACCCAUCUAAGAUACUCAAUAACUCCAAGCCUAUUGUGAGUCAGAUGUUCAAGUGGAAACUAAACCGUCUGCAUGAUUGUGAUUUUCUCUCACUGUAUGUUUUUAUGAGCUUUUUAUGAUUCCUCUCUUAAU